AUGUCGCGGUGGGGAGGUGCAUGGCAUCUCUCACGCGAGACGCUUCCUGUGAUGCUGUGUGCACUUGCGGGACUCUUGUUCUCUGGACUGGAGCUCGACACCAUGACCUCAUGGAGAGCCUUUGUCAAAGUCGACAAAUUUUUGAUCCUGGUCCCCAUCAUGCUGAAUCUGAAAGGCAAUCUCGAGAUGAAUCUCUCAAUGCGCAUGGCAACAGAAGCGAAUAUUGGAGAGAUUGACCAUCGCAGGACGCGGCAACUCAUAGUCAAAGGUAACAUGACCCUUUUGCAGGUACAGGCGCUCAUCGUCGCAAGCGCCGCUGGCAUCAUGUCUUUUAUCCUAGGCAACCAUGAGCGAGACACACCGCUUCCGGAAUCUUUCCCAUCACAGCUCUCUUUUAGAAUGCGUCGAGGUCCUGUCCACUCGACAAAACCGCCCAUUGACAAAGCGCUUCAGCUUCGUGAUGGCUACUUUGAGUUUGCGCUGGUUCUCGCCGUUUCACAGCUUGCGGCGUCGCUUUCAUCAGCUGUCCAGGGCUCCUUCAUUUGCGCUUUGGUGGUUUGGGCGCGCCAGCUAGGAUUUGAUCCUGACAACAUGGUGAUUCCUAUUGCAGGCUCUCUCGGCGACCUGACCACGCUGACGUUACUAGGGCUGUUAAGUGCGGCACUUUUGUACUUUGAGGGCACGGGCAUCGCUACAAUCGUGUUUCUUGGUCUGAUUAUAUUGUGCGUCAUAUGCAUGUUUUUUACAUUGCGCAACGUAUACGUGCGUGAACUGCUCGCUUAUGGAUGGGGCCCAUUGUUUGCUGCCGCAGCAAUAAGUUCUAUGGCCGGCCUUGUGCUGGAGAAGAAUGCGUCCCACUACGAGGGAUACCCACUUCUAGCUCCUGUUGUUGCAGGUAUGCCGAGUAUUGCUGCCGCUGUUCAUACCUCGCGUCUGUCUUCUGCGCUGCACGCAAACACGUUCAAAGCACGCACUCGACCUGUUCAUGCCCCGUAUGUUCCCUUGGUCGAGCAAGAUGAGCGACAAGAAGGAACGGCUGCUGCAUCCAAUGAAUGCGAUCCGCCUACGCAACUGGCUGCUUCUUCAUUAUCGCCGUGGAUGGUGUCGUGGUGGACGCAGCUGGCCGAGCAGCUCAUCGAGUCGCUAUCACCGCAAGGAGACGAUUGGAUCGUGCCCCUGACGCUUGUGUUCAAUGUGGUGAUGAUCCAAGUUGUGUUCUUUACCGUGCUUUUCAUGACGGGUGUGAUGCAAUUCGGUUUGGCCUUCUUCGUCUGCCUUGUGUUCUCGAUUUCGCUACUGGCCGGCUUCGCCUUGGUAUUUGCACACACAUUGUGUCUCUUCCUAUGGUACUGGGACUAUGAUCCUGACACAACGUGUAUGCCAUUCACGACAGCACUCGUCGAUAUAUGUGGGCAGCUCAUACUGCUUCUUACCUACAAUGUGGCGAUCUUUUUGGGCGAUCGUAUUACGACCACACUCUAA